UCUAACCUCAAAAUGAAUUUUUCGAUGACUUGUGUUGCAGUUUUUCUGCUUCUUGUUGCCUCUACAUCCGCAAGAUUUACCAUCAAAAUUUCGGAAUCCGAAAUCCAAACCAUCUGCUCAAAGGCAAAGAAUUCCGAGUUUUGCCAAACGUUCUUCAAAUCAAAACCCGAAACCGCACAAGCAGAUCUUUCGGCCAUAGCCAAACUGACUGUCGAUUCCGCACGUAAGAGUGCUUCGGGGACUCAUGCGGAGAUCGAAUCACUUCUCCAACAAGCGUCUGAUCCUAAGUCAAAGGAGGUCUACACCUCAUGCUUGGAGAAUUAUGACAGUGCUACAACGAAUUUAGACGAUGCCUUCAAAGCUUUGGCCGGAGGCGAUCCAGGUACCGUGAACGCCAAAGUCUCGGCCGCAAUGACAGAAGCAGAUACAUGUAAGGGAGAUUUGGUCGGUGUCUCACCCGAUCCAUCCUCGCUUGUGAAGGGAAUCGAAGAGUUGGAGAAUGUGUCGAGCAUCGCUUUGGUCGUUUCCAACAUGUUGCCCAAAUAGGAGUUUUUCUCAUGUUUGUUUGCAUCCAAGCUUUCGUCGUAU